GUGACUGGGCGCGCCCGCCCGUUGUGGCCAUGGCGGCCGCAAGCUCUAGUGUGGCGAGGCGAGUGGAGGAACUCGGAGACCUGGCUCAGGCCCACAUACAACAACUUAGCGAAGCCGCCGGCGAAGAUGAUCACUUUUUAAUUCGCGCCUCUGCAGCUCUAGAAAAAUUGAAACUUCAGUGUGGAGAAGACAAAGAAUGUUCAACCCCAUCAAAUCUUCUAGAACUUUACACACAGGCUAUUUUGGACAUGACGUAUUUUGAGGAGAACAAGCUAGUAGAUGAAGAUUUUCCUGAAGAUUCUUCACAGAAAGUAAAAGAGUUGAUCAAUUUUCUUUCAGAACCAGAAAUUUUGGUUCAAGAAAAUAAUAUGCUUCCAAAACACUGCGAUUUGCUUGGAGAUGAGCUCCUGGAAUGUCUCUCCUGGAGGCGAGGAGCCCUACUUUACAUGUAUUGUCAUUCUCUGACCAAAAGGAGAGAAUGGCUCACAAGAAAAUCUAGCUUACUUAAAAAGUAUCUUGUUGAUGGAAUCAGUUACUUACUACAGAUGCUGAAUUUUCGGUGUCCCAUCCAGUUAAAUGAAGGAGCUUCUUUCCAAGACCUAGACACAGCUAAGUUACUAAGUGAAGGAAUAUUUAGUGACAUUCAUUUGCUGGCUAUGAUGUACAGUGGAGAAAUGUGUUACUGGGGAUUGAAGCAUUGUGCAGAUCAACAGCCAGAAAAUCAUGAAAUGGAUACUGGCGUUUCUGGAGCAAGCUAUGCUGCACACAAAGAACCUUUGGAUUUCCGAGAAGUAGGAGAGAAAAUUUUGAAAAAGUAUGUAUUUGUAUGCGAAGGACCCCUGAAAGAACAAGAAUGGAAUACAACAAAUGCAAAACAAAUUUUAAACUUCUUUCAGCAUCACACUAACUAGUAAGUUCUUCUAGUCCUUUUCAAACAGAAAAACAAAAAGACUCAGGAAAUGAAAAUUCCAGAAAAGAAGACAUAAUGAUACUGAAUUUAUGAACAUUACACUACAUAAAGAUAACCAGCAUGGUUACCCUUUUUUAAAUGCCAUUACGUCUUCACUAUAUAUUCUUAAACCUGUGAAGGAAUGAUUCUUUAAUUUCUGAAAUGGCAUUUACAUUAUUCUAACUCAGCCUGAACUACAGAUAUCCUAUGACUAAUAUUAAGAAGGAAUCCAAUUUAUCUCUAUAAAGAUUUUUUCUGUUAUUAAUACUUCAGAUUCUUUUUAUUGUGGUACAAUAUACAUAACAUAAAACUGAACAUUUUAACUUUUUACAUUUUUUUUUUAGUCUCCCUCUUUUGAAGUUUGCUACACUUUAGAGAUUAAAAUCAGGUCACCUCUUUGCUUUGGAUAUAUGCUAUGGGUAUAUUUAAAAAUUGGCAAAAUGAAAAAUUGUGACUUGUAUCCAUGUACCAUUUUCAGAGUAAGAUAAAUAAAGACUCCACA